AUGUUGACCAUGUCGGCGAGCCGCUCUCUAUUCAUUCUCGUAUGCGCCCUCAUCGUCGUCUACGCCAUCCCGGUGGCAGACGUCUACGGCAGCUACGAGUUCGACGAUCAAUCGCCAUAUUUGAUGAAUUUGCUCAAACGAACCGCAGUUUUUCUUCCCAACGGCAAUCAGGACAAAAUCAUCAAAGCGAUAUUGAAGAGUCGACGAUACUAG